GAAGGAGGCAGCGGCUAUAAGGCAGAAGAGGGCCGGGAGAGGCAAGAGGAGAGUGAGAGAGUGAGGAGAGGCAUUGAAGCAGUCAUGAGGUGGACGUGGUGAUUUUUUUGUAUUAAUUUCAAAGUGUCUUAGUGGACGGUAAGCUGACGAAAUGGCGACUAAAAGGUACCUGACGCCGGAGCAGCUCUUGGGCUUUGAGAACUAUAAGUAUAGUGCACAAGACACCAGUCCACUGAGCAACUAUGUAAUGCACCCUUUUUGGAAUACUGUUGUGAAGAUCUGCCCCCGCUGGAUAGCCCCCAAUGUGCUCACCUUUGUAGGGUUCCUCUUCACAGUAGCCAACUUUGUUCUGCUGACCGUAUAUGACUAUAGUUACUAUGCAUCUAGUGAAGAACCACCAGGGGACAAGUAUCCACCUAUCCCAAGCUGGGUGUGGUUGGCAUGUGCCUUCAACCACUUCAUGGCCCACACGCUGGAUGGAAUCGAUGGCAAGCAGGCCAGGCGAACAGGCACGAGUGGUCCAUUGGGGGAGCUGUUUGACCAUGGGCUGGACUCGUGGACAACUUUUUUCAUCCCUGCCUGCAUCUGGUCGGUGUUUGGGCGUGUUGACUACAGUAUUACGCCACUCAGGUUUUACUUUGUGUUAUGGAAUGUUAUCACCUGUUUCUAUGUGUCACACUGGGAGAAGUACCUCACCAAGAUCCUCUUCCUGCCAUGGGGAUACGACCUCUCCCAAAUAAUCAUCUUUGUCAUCUAUCUAGUCACGGGACUCUUUGGUCAACACAUCUGGAAGUUUGAACUUGUCAGUGGCUUGUCUUCAGGAGUGAUGUUUGAAGUGAUGAUGUAUGCAGGCUCCCUUGGUACAUCACUUCCCAUGUCCUUCUGGAAUAUAUACAAGUCCUACAGAGACAAGAGUGGGAAGAUGCUUGGCUUCUGGGAGGCCAUGCGUCCGUUCUUCACCCCGCUGGUGUUCUUUGCUAUGGGCACGGCUUGGGUCUACCAGUCAGGCUCUGACAUUAUUAAUAAAGAUCCCAGAUUGUACCUCUUCAUGAUUGGCACCAUAUUUGCCAAUGUUAAUUGUCGCCUGAUUGUGUCCCAGAUGAGCAACACUCAAUGUGAGCUGAUGAACUGGUUGAUGUUUCCUCUUGCCCUGUGUUUGGUCAUUGUUGUGGUGUUCCCCAGCUUGGAGAUGGCAACGCUGCUCUUCAUGAGUGGUGUCGCCACCGUUGCUCACAUCCACUAUGGAGUUUAUGUGGUGCGUCAGAUGUGUGAACACUUCCACAUCAUGUGUUUCAGCAUCAAGGAUCGAGCAGAUUGACUACUCGCCGACAGUGCAUAAGACUUCUGCAGGUGGCUGCCCUUGAAACCAUGGAAGAAUAAGUUUCAUUGUAUAUGACUGCAAACUGUUGAUGGUAAUAUUUAAAAGUUGAGAAAAAGGUAUAAAAUGUGGCCCACAGUUAUACAUAUCACAGUGUAGUUCACAGUGGCUCACACUAGACUAGUGAACAAAGCUGUUACAUACGGUUAUUCUUUGUAAGGCUUUCAGUAUGCUAAAUUCUCAAAGUUUAUCAAACAAAUUAGACCAGAUUAACUUGUUAAGAAUUGAUUAACUGCUCAAUAUUUAGGACAAGUCUCAAUAGGCUCUAAGGACAAAUUUUGAUCGUUUAGCAGUAUCUUUUUUAACAGGAUUGACACAUUAAUCAAAAUCCCACCAUCAGAUAGAGUUGAGUGAUGGACACUAACUUGAGGGCCACCUGUAGGAUGGUACUUUGAGGUAAGUUUUCAAUGUGGUACAAAAUAUGCGAUGAACAAGACAAUAAGGAUCUUAGCUAGGAUUUGGGGGUUUCAGAGAAGCUAGUAUAUUGGGUUCUCAUCUCUGCUCAUUAAAAAUUCUAUUAAGAUGGGAUAGCUGAAGUUUAGCUGACAUUGAGUGUUAUACAGUCAGACUAGAAUGCUUCCAGCCAUGCUCCUUGUUUCUCUGCUGCAUCCUCACUGCUUCAUUGUGAUUCCUCACUGAUGACACGAUGUUAGGGCCGCCUCGUACACUCUGUGAUCGAACGGGUCUUGGUAUCCAGUUUUCAUUUGUUGCUUUGUGCCUUGAGUUGUGUCUUCUGGUGGGGAAUUGGAUGAUAAAUGGUGCAAUGUUUACUAGCCUGUUACUCUAGUCAUUUCUAGUUCCCUGGGUUAAGCCAUUCCUUGCCUCCUCCCCUGCCCUUCCAACAGUAGUCAGUUGGGUGUAAGGUCGUGCACAUUUUGGUGUGGUAACAGAACCAGCUAUGUGUGUCAUGUUUCUCCAUAACAUGUACAAACCUCGAAAGACUUCCUUGACCAUACUACUACUAUUAGAUUUGUAAUAUGAGAUCUAGUCAGGAAAAUCUGUACACAUACUGUAUAGUACUCAUUUUAGGGACUUAUUUCAUCAGAUUUGGCAACAUGUUUAUGAAAUGCAACAUGAGUCACUAGCAUAGAUCUCUCAGCAUCUGAGGACUAUUCUCCACCUUAUCUUUUCCAUUCAUUUUAGGAUAACAAUGUAUAAUGUUUAGAGAUGGGAGUCGGCUCUUCAUUAGACGGUUUCCAUCUCCAAGCCCACAGUAAUCUUGGCUCAGUCAGUCUGAAUCUGCUGUCACUGAAACAUUUUGAGUGAGGCAGCACAGUGGUGUGAUGAUGCAUUACUGGGUAGCUCCUGCUGUAAUACUUAGGUAGAGUGCAGCUUGUAGGGAGGGUUGUCACUUGGCAAAUUUUUGGUGUGUUUUGACUACCAUUAAUUACCAUUGAUGUGUCUUGUUCCCCAAAAAUUUCACAAUUACAGAAUUCCCCAAACCCAAGAAUUGGCCUAAAAGUUGGCUUUCCAGAUCCCAAUGGAGUGCAUGGGGUUUGUGUAUAUAGACCAAUGUUCAUUUUAAAGGGUGUAAAAAGAAGUGGAAAUUCCCUUGCUUAGUUUUCAUUCUGAGCUGAAAGCAUGUAUUCCAAUGUGGUUUGUGGCUAAUCUUUAAUCAUUGUGCAGUAACAAUCAGCCAGACGGUACAAUCGCUGGAACUAAUCAAGCCCCGCAUUGCUGUGCUAAUGUGUCUGCAACAACUACCUAAUCAGGUGCAUCAUGUUCAUGGAAUGUAAUGCUCUCUAAAGAAAAUAACGCCUUAAGUGGUUCAGGUCAUUUAACUUAUUUAAAUUAUUCUGUAUGUUAAGAUAGAACCACAACUUAAUAUGCUACAUUAAUUUUCAUUUUCAAAUCUAUAUGUAUAUGUAUACCAGACUAAUAAUCACUAUGGAGGGAGUAGCCAAGACAAGGUGCCUUACAUGGACUGGGUGAGAAGUGAGAGUUUGCGCAAAGGGGAACUGGUCAAAUAGAGCAAGGAAUUUUACAUUGGUUUUAAAGAGAGAAUGAGGAAAUGGAUUGGUAAAGAAAUUAAGCAGGUGUGAUAUGAGAGUGUACAAUGAAGAGGAAGACCAUGAAUGGGAUGGAUUGACAGUGUGAUAGAACAUUAGAUGAAAGAGGGAUGUCUGUGUAGCAAGGAGUGAUUAGAGAGCAGCUGUGAAUACAUAAAUGGUGACGCAGCCCAAAAGCCCUCAAGGAAAGGUUGUCCCUGCUUGUGGUCUGGCAAGCUGUUGUGGGUAAGGGGAUGAGUUUUUGGUGCAAUAGCUAGAUCGGUUCUUCUGCUUGGGUCUGAUGGAGAAACUCAGGUUUGCUGCCUCUUACUAGAGGCCAAGAGGCUAAGAUUUGAAGGAAUGCUUGUGUGUGUGAUUGUGUGUUUGUGCACCUUGUCUUAGUGAAUCCCUUUAUGGGGGAAUGCUAGCCUGGUAUGUAUGUGCAUAUGGCGUGUUCAAGCUUAUGUACUUUACUUAAUUUAUUCAUACCAAAAGCUGUGUUGCCACAUUUUACAAGAAAAAACUUAAUGGCACUAUGAAUAAUUAAGCGUCACUUUUGUGUCAGAUUUGCCUUUGAGUCGUGUGCAGUGAGAUGUGAGGGAAGCGGGCAAGAGUGGUGUGAAUGAGGUGGAUGGUGUGCAUGUACUUUGAUAAGGGAGAGGGAUCACUGUAGUGCCAGUGUUUCAAGAAAUUCAGAGCAUGACAAAAAGCAAAUUCUCACCAGUGACAUUCUAAGGAGCACUUCAUGUAGAUGGGAGCAUGUGGCAAUAUUGGUGAGUGUAUCUUAGUGACCAAGUACAGUCUGUAAACUACUUUGUUGUAUACAAUAAACACCCUCACUGGAACUGUGAA